UAGAACAAUACCACCAGGUAUCGCACCUAAUACGUUCAUAUUUGGAGUGGGCUGUAGAGAGUACAGAAAUCUAUUUCUGGUGGUCUGUUGUAAACAAUUUCACAACCAUGAUGUCGGAAGGCGCAUUAGAUGACAGUAGCAACCGUAACACUUUUAUACCUUUUAAAGAUAGGCCGGAAUGGAACGAUGUUAAACCAGUCCCACAAGACGAUGGUCCAGAUCCUGUUGUUCAAAUAGCAUAUUCCGAACAAUUUCGUGAUGUGUAUGACUAUUUUCGGGCUGUGAUUGCUGCUGAUGAAAAGUCUGAACGAGCUCUUGCCCUUACUAAAGAAGCAGCAGAGUUAAACCCAGCUAAUUAUUCUGUAUGGAACUACCGAAGAAACAUCAUACAAGAAUUAAACAAAGACCUUGCAGAAGAAUUAAAGUAUAUAUCACAGGUUAUAGAAGAUAACCCAAAAAAUUAUCAAGUAUGGCAUCAUAGACGAGUCAUUGUUGAGUGGUUGGAAGAUCCAAAAGAAGAGCUUCAGUUUACUGAAAAAAUUUUGCAAGAUGAUGCCAAAAACUAUCAUGCAUGGCAGCAUAGGCAGUGGUGUAUUCAGCAAUUUUCUCUGUGGGACAAAGAACUGGACUAUGUUGAUAAAUUACUUAAAGAAGAUCUCCGCAACAAUUCAGCUUGGAAUCAGCGCCAUUUUGUCAUAAAAAAUACAACUGGUUUUACUGAUGAUGUCAUACAGAAAGAGUUAAAAUAUGUUCAAGAUUUCAUAAGAAAAGCCCCUAACAAUGAAAGCUCAUGGAACUAUAUGAAAGGGGUUGUGUUGGAUAAAAAACUAAUGGACUAUCCCAGCAUUCUGGAGUUCUGUCAUGAGUUGUAUUCCAAGCAGAUUCGUUCCCCUUUUCUCAUUGCUUGCAUGAUUGAUAAUUAUGAAGAAACCUUAGAAUUUGGCAAGUGCAAUAAAGAAGAGACAUUACAGAAAACAACACAGUUGUGUAAUGAAUUAGCUGAAGAACAUGACACUUUGAGACGAGAAUACUGGCAGUACAUGGCCCGCUCUUUAGCUUCUAAGUAUGGCACUGAAGUAUCAGGAGACUCGUAGCCGUAAUAGAAACUAGUGAUGUUUUAAUAAAUAUUAGUGAGGAAAUCUGUUUAAGCUUUAUAUGUUUAGUGAUUCAGUCAGGAUUUUAUAUUUUUAUAAUAGACCUCAAAUAAUGCAUUGGCUGAUUUUUUUAGUUUUUUAUACUACUAUUUUUCACAAUCUGGAGAGCUUCUUAAACUUUUCUAAUGAUACAAUGAAUAGAUAAUUUAAGUAAAUAAUUUGUCAAAUGACACAUAAGAAAAUGUGUAUAAUCUAAUAUUAAGAUUGGUCAAAUGGUUUAUAAUUAAUUAAAAAUCGUCAUGUAAGAUAAUUACAUACUGCUGGAUUUUGUAACAACAGGGUUUAAUCCUUUGUAAAGUUGAAAGCCAUUUUCCCAUACACCCUGUUACUAACUUUUUGUUCAUCCAGGUAACGAGUUUUGUUUUAUCCUGCACUACAUUUUGUUUAUUUUUAUACCUAAAGACUUGGUUCACUCUUUAAGUAUUCAAGAAUGGACCUAAAACUUUGUGAGAGUGUUUUUAUUCUGGCUCAGUUCUGGUAUUCACCUGAACAUUAAGGUUAGAAACCUAAUGAGCUGUUGCUGAAACCAUUUAAAUCUUCUUUAUCAACAGAAGGGCCUAAAUUCUCAAAAGUGUUCAUUAUUUCUUGAUUAUCAUAUUUUUUUAAUGAAAUGGUUUUAGUCAUUAAAAUAAGAUAGAACUUUUAAAAGUUCAAUAAAAAUCUUAUCUCAAUUGUAUUUCAUAUAAAGCUGCGCUUGUGUAGUAACAUGGUUUCCACACUUCUAAACAUGGUCAUGUAGACUCUUUUGUGGUGUGAAAUAUUAUUGGACAUAUUAUGGUAACUGUGUUUGCUGUGGAGCUAAGUGAUGGUGUACCUGCUUUCUGUGGAAUGAAUUUUGAAACUUAUCUUUAUUUUAUGUAAUAUAUAUAUAUAUAAGCAUAUAUAUAAAAUACAUUUCUAACUUGCAAUGCAGGUAUAUUACCUAUAUUUCAUUGAAUUUUUCAAAUCUACGUUUAGUAUUAAAUAAGCUUUAGCUUUCUUCUAUCUUGUUUAGGUAGAUUUUUCUCAGACUCAACAGUGCACUUUUGAAUAGUAUUUGAAUUAUAUUUCUAGAAGCGUUUAUUUUGUUUCAUAAUCUGCUUCUGUUAUUAGAUCUACUAGAGUAAGCAUUUACAUUAUUAUGAAUGUGACUUAUAUAAAGUAUGCAAUUAUUUUGUUUAAAAAUAUGGUUUAAUAAAAACUUUAGAUAUAUUAUAAUGUUUAAAUUUCUAUUUUUUUUUCAGACUGCAUAUCACUACACAUUAAGUUGAUUAUAUUAAUCUCUUUAGUAAUUUCUACCAAUAAAAUUGCACAUAAGUAAAUAAAUGAAACUGAAUUAUUCGUGACAGUAAUCAGAUUAUUUUCUGAUUCGUUUUUGUAAUCAAGCCUUUUUUACUUUAAGCUCUCUUUAAUACAUUACAUGAAAAACCACACGUUUAUAGAACCUCAUAAAACAGCACUUUAACAAUUAAUCAGAAUGCCUCUUUUUCAAUCUCUCUUCAUAGUUUCAGGUUGAGUUUUAAAAUUGUUUUUAUAGAUUAAAAAUUAAUUAUGGAAAUCUGUUUUUAAAAUGUUAUAAAAUAUAAAAGGUGCUACAAUGAUAUUUAGAAAAUUAUAAUUGCAAAUAAUGUAAAAACCCAUUGUAUUUAGUAUCCUGAUUUAAUUCACAAUAGGCUACUUUUUAAAAAUUCUGUGAAAAAAUAUUUUUUUAAAAUCUUUUUUAAAUAUUGCUUAAGAACCAAAAUGUUUUUUAGCUUCUCUCAAUAGAAUUGUUCUCAGUGAUUAUAACUUUUCAUUGUUCAUUUUUCUAAUUAAAUUGAAAAACUAAAAUGGUUAAUUAAUAAAAAUGUUAGUUUAAUUAAUGUGAAAUUCUCAUUAUUUUAAUUAGUAUGCUUUUCCUGUUUUUGAUAGAGCAUGGCCAAGAUUUUAAUAGAAGAUAACAAAUUUUCUGGGUUUUGCAAGGUUGAUGUUGUAUUGAUUGUAAUAUCCUUCAAGUGUUGAAUAUUAAAACAUAUGAACCCUGUUCUCAAAUUUUAUGUUUAUUCUUAGCCAAUUACAUUUUUUAGUGAGAAAUAAUAUUUCAGUCAUUCCUGCUUGCUUGUUUGUGGGAAAG